AUGAUCCAAGUGGUGACAGUGUUUGCAGCGUUAUUGGCAGCCACCAGUUGCCAGCAGCUUCUGCAACAGCAGUUCAGUGUAGUCGAUCCGAACUCCGGCCAAACAGGAUCUGUGGGUUUUAUGCCGAUGAAAGACGACCGUCGCAUGUCUGAGACGAUUCCUGAACGACGGACAUCCGAACCAGCUCCUGAAUCGUCGUCACCGCAGAGCAGAGAUUAUUCGGGUGGUCCAGAAUUUUACGGUUACAACAACUAUCCAGCCAGUUACGGGCCACCGAGCUCCAGUUACGGGUCGUCAGAAAUAACUUUUGAACCAUCUGCGCCAGCUGACAACCCGUCGAGUGCUUAUUCCAGUCCAGGUUACAGUCCAUCAUACUAUCCUGGAUAUGGAGACGACACGAAAAAAAGAAAGCCCAGUUACGCAACACCCUACUAUCCACCUACGUCGGUGUCCUGUCCGUCACCGUUCACCAACAACAUACUGACCGACCUGCUGAAAACGGGAAGCACUGCCAAGUUCGGCCUGGUCAAGUCCGUGGUGGCGGCCAUAGCCACUCUGUUCCUGGCCAAGAUACCCAUACUGUUGGCCGUUAAGGCGCUCAUGCUCAAGCUGUUCGUAGUACCUCUGGCUGUGGUCGUCCUGUCGCUGCCCGUGCUAAUUCCCGCAGCCCUCCUGUUGCAGCCGCUAUGGAAGCGGUGGAAGGAGUUUGUCGGCCUUGACUCGUCAUCCAAACAGCCACAAAUGGUGAUGAUGAUGCCGGCAACGGAUUCUACAAAGCCCGCCAACGACACAUCCGCGACGCCCGCGGCCACCAGGGCACUGGAGAAUAACCUGGAGAGUGUGCUCAGCAACCUGUUAGAGUCCGAGAGGUGCAUGGAACGGCUGGCUUGUCAGCUAGGUGUCAGGGAUGCUAGAUCCGAGUACAAGCAACAGGUGUCCUGGGUGUUGAAGUUCUUGCAGACCCUUCGCUUGGUCCAGAACAACGAACCGAUCAGAGACAAACUGAAGCAAUAUCGCGAGGCUUACAAUUACGGUACAGAGACGGGACUUGAUACGGGCGAAGAUGAAAACCUCGUGAACUCCGUCUGCUCAGAGGUGCGGUAUCCCUGUCGAAGUACUCAAAAGUCACUUCAGAGAAGCACGAGGGCGCUAGUGGACUUUGCCGGGUUCUGA